AUGGCCGAGUCGAGGGCCUGGGAAAUUCCUUUCCCACCGGAUGUAUAUGCCAUCGCUCUUGAGGAAUCCUUGCUGCUAGAUGCGUUGAACAGCCUCCUGGGGAACACCUCGGCCAAACGCAUUCCGCCUGCUCUGGGGCUGGCGCCGGUCAAUGACAUAGUGCACGGUGCCUGUGAGCUACUGCAAGAUACGGAGCAAGCACUGUUCCUGCAGUACUAUGAGAAGCUCGCUGCUUGUAGGCGCAGAGCCCUUGACACCCACAUGCCGGAGCCGGCACCGGUGCUCACGGAUAUCCUAUGUAGGGCUGAGGCUUUGGCUAGAUACUAUCUGAUGGAGGGACAAGCGCCCAUUUGGACAGCAGCCAGACAAGUAGUUGCUGAGUUGGAGUGGACCGUGGAUAAGCACUCGGUUGCACCCAAUACAGGCGGCAAUGUUCUGCUUGGCGCUUAUUCCUCUGGUCCCUUCGCAGGUUUGUGCAAGUUGACGAAGAGUCACGCUUCUGUGUGCAGGUUGUUAAACCGGCUGGUUCAGCAUCUAGGUGGAGCCCUGGAUAGGCCACAAUACUGGAGCACCCUUGCGAUCAACAUGGAUCUGAGGCUUCCACCGCAUAAAGACAGGGGCAACUUCCCCACGAGCAAUCUUGUUUUCAGCCUCACGCAUCACUCAGAAGGUGGCGUAUGGAUUGAGGAUGGUUGUGGGCAAGCUUACCUGAGCCCUUCGGGUGUGCCCCGUUGCGGUACGGUCUUUAAGCUGGGGCUUCAGAGUUUGAGUUUUCCUGCGCAUCGCAUGACACAUGCCACGUGUGACUGGCAUCUUACCAAUCGUGUCAUUUUGUCUGCGUACUGUGCUGGGCAAACGCACCAUCUCAAGUUGGAUCAGAGGAUGCUGCUCAGGGAUCUUGGCUUUGUGCUACCACCACUCCCUGAGGUGCGGUGCCCAGUCAUGGUCAUUGCUGCCCGGCGUGCAGCUAUGGAAGCCACACCAGACACUGUGAUAGAGCUCAUCGCUACCUCCUACGAGAAGAGCCUAGGUGCAUCGCACUCUGUCACGUGUGCUGGGCGGCAGAUGAUCCUGGCCAAUACUCCGCAGGCAGCUAGCAGUACCGCUGCAUCGCCUCAUGCAUGGAUCACAGCAAUGCCGGGAGCUGGCAUGGUCGGCGUGGUUGGUGCUACAGCGGAGGGAUCAGAUGAAAGGUCGGCAGGCGACCCUCCUGCUACGCAGGGCCCGGCAGGGGAUUUGCCUGCUCCAUCGUCAACAAAGGUCGCUGGUUCUGGGGCUGAUUCUGGCUAUGCAGCGGGUAUGAGCCUGGGAGCGGACUACUCUGCUCGCUCUGCAAACUUUGGCAGUCAGAACAGCAUAAUGAUCACCAUCAGUGACUCUGAAGACGAUCCUAUGCUGCCAGCAGACGACAUUGAAGGGCUUGUCGAGGCUGGACAGCACUCAGCGGAGGCAGCGAAUCAUGCUGACAAUUUCGAUCUCCUCGGCAUGGAUUGA